UUAAAAACCCAAAACCUCCCAAAACCCAUGACAACGGCAGAAUGCAAGGCCUCCUACAGAACCACUCCCACCACCCUCUCCUCCGCUUUUUUCCCUCGUCUCUCCCCCACAAGUCCAAAAUCCCUUCCAUAUUCCUGAGCCCCAUCAAACACCCAUGGCCUCUCCUCCAUUUCUCAUCCUUAGUUCACAAACCAACCCUCCCUCUCCCCAUAAAGUCCUCCACAUCCUCCGACGAGUUCCCCGUUGAUGAUACUCUCUCCGACUUCACCCCACGCGAGCCCACCAAGGAAUCCGAAGAUGCGGCCCGCCGCAUCAACUGGAUCGAGCGUGGGUGGGCCCCGUGGGAGGAGGUCCUCUCUCCCGAGGCCUACUUUGCCCGUAUGUCCCUGAACGAGGGCGAGGAGGUCCCGCUUCAAUCCCCCGAAGCAAUCGAGGCGUUCAAAUUGCUCAGUCCCAAGUACCGGAGGAAGAAGAUGGAGGAGAGCGGGCUGUCCCCAGACGAGUGGUACAUGCAGCAAUUUGCAAGGAGUGGGGAGGUCCCACAACCAUUGGAGACUACGUGGGACGGCCCGCUCGUGGUCAGGCAUAUCCCGCCGAGGGAUUGGCCACCGAGGGAUUGGGAGGUGGAUGAAGAAGAGCUGAGGUUUAUAAGGGAGGCACAUAAGCUGCAGGCAGUGAGGGUUGAUUUGGAGGAGGUGGAGUCCACUGCAAGGACGGACUCGGAUCAGAUGUGUUUGGAGAGGUGGGAGGUGUUCUUGAAGCAGUAUAAGGAGUGGGUUGCGGUAAAUAAGGACAGGUUGGAGGAAGAAUCUUACAAGUUUGACCAAGAUUACCAUCCUGGUAGGAGGAAACGAGGCAAGGACUACAAAGAUGACAUGCUUGAGCUUCCAUUUAUAUAUCCUGGACAGAUUUGUGCAGGUAAAGUGACAACUCUACACCUUUAUCAGGGAGCGUUUGUUGACAUCGGAUGCGUAUAUGAUGGAUGGGUUCCAAUGAAAGGAAAUGACUGGUAUUGGAUCCGUCAUCACAUAAAAGUUGGUAUGAAUGUCAUUGUUGAAGUUCUGGCAAAGCGAGACCCAUACCGCUUUCGCUUCCCCAUUGAAAUGCGUUUUGUCAGUCCUAAUAUAGAUCACCUUAUCUUCAACAGGUUUGACUUUCCACCGAUAUUUCAUCGUGAAGAAGACACUAACCCUGAGGAACUAUGGCGGGAUUCUGGAAGACCACCUGUUCCUAGAAAAAGACCAGCAGAUAAAGUGGAAGACCAGCCUUUGUUGUCUAAUCAUCCAUAUGUUGAUAAGUUAUGGCAGCUGCAUGUCGCAGAGCAAAUGAUUUUGGAUGAUGAAGAGGCAAAUCCUGAUAAGUAUAAAGACAAGAAGAAAACAGAGUCAGCUCAGGACACAGAUUUUGAUGAAGAAAACAGCGUGCAAUAUACUAAAGCAUAUUUUAAGAAAACUCUUCUCCCAAAGAUAAUACUGAAAACAAAUGUGAAGGAACUUGACAUUGAUGCUGCCCGUGCUGAGCGACAGCUCAAUAACAAACUAAAGAAAGAAGCACAAGAUAGAGGAGAAGAAUAUAAAGUAACGAAGUUGAGACGAAAUAUUGAGAUGGAUGAGUAUGACCUAAUUCAUUGGCGCCGAUCAUUUGAGGAAAGAGAAGCACUUAUAAGAGAUAUUAGCUGCCGCCAAGCUCUUGGUCUCCCUGUGGAGGAGCCAGGAAGGUAUGUUGAGGACAGUUUCUUCAGUAAGGAUCGCUACGACCCGACCAGUGCCUUGUACCGUUACGACUACUGGGGUGAACCCAAGAACUCAGAGAAGAGCAAACAGGAGAGAAUGACCGAUGCUCACAAUAAAUCCAUUGUUGGCAAGGGAAAUGUUUGGUACGAAAUGUCCUACGAAGAGGCCAUUAAGCAGCGCAUGCGCAGAGAAACCCGUUCGAAAGGGAUGAAGAAAGAAGCUAAUGAGGAUGAAGAAAGUGACAGAGACAGAGAAGAUGACGAUGAUGAUGAUGACUUUGAUUAUAGCAUCCUAGGUAAUUAUAAUCCAUCAAACAAGCCUCUAGUUAAUGGAACUGAAUCUCCCAGAAUGUCAGAUAAAGGCAUGUUUGAGAAUUAGUGUCAAUAUGUAAUUCUUUUGUUUCCUGUAUA